AUGGAGAGGCGAUGCGUCCAGGACCCUCGAUUCGGCAAUCUGUAUCGCAGCUUCAUGACAGAAUACGAAGACCUGAAACAUAUGACGCUGGUGACAUGCUCCACAACGAGCAAUCAGUCAACGUACUUACCACAUCAUGGAGUACUCAAGGAGUCCAGUGCCACGACGAAGCUGAGGGUCGUGUUCAAUGGGUCGCAGCGAACGCGAACUGGAGACUCUUUAAACGCACACCUCAUGACUGGAGCAAAUCUUCUGCCAGCUCUUCCUGACGUACUACUCCGAUGGCGUCAACACCAGUAUGUCUUCGUUGCUGAUAUAGAGAAAAUGUAUCGGCAGAUACUCGUGCAUCCGGAUGACUGCAGAUUCCAAACGAUCCUGUGGCGUCAUUCAACUGAUGAUGAAGUGCGAGAGUACCAGCUGAGAACGGUCACCUACGGUCUGGCGUGUGCUCCGUUUCUCGCCAUACGGACACUCCGUCAGCUCGCAACGGACGAAGAAGAGCAGUUUCCUCGUGGCGCCGUAGCUCUGCGUCGAGAUUGUUAUGUCGACGAUGUGGUCACCGGCUCAAAUACGCUGAACGAUGCGAUCGCACUCCAGAUGGAAAUUCGCAACCUCUGCUUGGCGGGCGGAUUUCCGUUGAAGAAGUGGGCAGCCAACGACGAGAGGAUCCUGACUGGAGUACCAAGCGAUCAUCGUUUGCAGCAAUUGCCGCCAGCUUGGGAAGGAGAGAGUCACUCCACGCUAGGACUCCGCUGGCACCCGCAACACGACCAGUUCUCUUUCGUGUUUCAUCCGCACGCUGCCAUCAACCACACGAAGAGAACGGUUUUAUCCGAAACCGCACGGCUCUUCGAUCCAAUGGGGUGGCUCGCUCCAGUCGUGAUUCGAGCAAAAAUUCUCAUUCAAUCCACGUGGCUGCAAGGAUUGGACUGGGACACCCCGCUGCCGCCAUCCGACGCUCGAGAGUGGCAACGUCUUCUAGAAGAACUCCAUCUUCUAGAUCAGGUGCGAAUAAAACGCUGGCUCGGGACCGGAGCAGAUAAGGCCUCGCUGCAGCUUCAUGGCUUCGCCGAUGCAUCCGAACGAGGAUAUGCAGCCGCAGUAUACAUCCGCAUCACUGAAAGGAACGAAACGUCAGUAAGGUUAUUGAUGGCCAAAAGCAAGGUAGCACCCGUCAAACAAGUGACCUUGCCGAGGCUGGAGUUGUGCGCCGCCACGCUACUCACCAAUUUGACGCGACAUGUCAAACAAACGCUCGACCUGGCAACAUCAGACACGUACUUAUGGUCAGAUUCAACAGUGACCCUCCAAUGGAUUCGCGGUCACUCCUCACGCUGGAAGACUUUCGUCGCCAAUCGAGUCGCUCACAUCCAGACGCAGCUGCCUAAUGCACAAUGGAGACACGUAGCUGGUCGCGACAACCCUGCGGACUGUGCAUCAAGGGGUAUUAAUCCAAGCGAACUAAUCAAUCACGCUUUAUGGUGGACAGGACCUACCUGGUUGUCACAGCACGAAUCGGCCUGGCCAAAUUCCGUGAUGGAGAUCCGAGGAGACGACGUGCCAGAAAGGAAAGCCACGAGCCUGAUGACUGUCAACCGGGUCAUCGUCGAGCCAGAAAUCCUGCUCCGCUUCUCAUCUCUGCAUCGCCUGCUACGGAUAUCCGCAUGGUGCCGUCGCUGGCUGCGCGCUUCUGAGCCGACUCACACCGCUGGACUAACGUUGAGUCCUGAGGAACUCGACAUGGCACUCUUUCGCUGGCUUCGAGAAGUGCAGACACUGCACUUCACGGACGAGAUCACCGCAGUCGCAGCUGGACGCUCCGUCGCACCACGCAGCACAUUAGUCAAGCUGACUCCGUUCCUCGACGACCAUGGUGUUCUGAGAGUGGGAGGUCGGCUUAAGCACGCCCUGCUGACACAAGAUGAGAGGCACCCGAUGAUCAUUCCAACCUCGUCGUGGCUGACUCGUCUGCUGGUGGAAUCCUGUCACCGUCGGACGCUGCAUGGCGGAGUGCAACUUACUCUGGGGCUGCUUCGACUGCGCUUCUGGAUUCCACGAGGACGCACAGUUGUGAAACAGCAACUACAUCGCUGCAUCACCUGCACAAGAUGGCGAGCAACGACGCUGCAGCCACCGAUGGGUAAUCUACCCCGCGAUCGGGUCACUCCGACUCGGCCAUUUCUGCGCACUGGAGUGGACUAUGCAGGACCCAUCCUCAUCCGGACGAGCAAGGGACGAGGACACCGCGCCUAUAAGGGCUAUAUCGCAGUAUUCAUCUGUUUUUGGUCCAGAGCCAUCCACCUCGAACUUGUCUCGGAUUACUCUUCAGAGGCCUUCAUCGCCGCUUUACGUCGCUUUGUCUCACGUCGAGGUCUCUGUACGGACAUAUAUAGCGACUGUGGAACGACCUUCAUCGGGGCUGACCGCACUUUACGGGAACUCUUCGUCGCUGCAUCCACAGAGGGUCGUGGAAUCGCACGCGUAGCUGCUGAACAUGGCAUACGGUGGCACUUUAAUCCACCAGCAGCUCCGCACUUCGGCGGAUUGUGGGAGGCAGCCGUCAAAUCCGCUAAGUAUCACUUGCGGAGGGUGAUAGGUGAAACCACUCUCACCUUUGAGGAACUGACCACUCUCCUCACACAAAUUGAGGCCUGUUUAAAUUCUCGUCCAUUACAGGCACUCUCUGACGAUCCAGACGAUAUUACAGCACUGACUCCGGGCCACUUCCUGAUCGGCGCGCCGCUUCUCGCCAUCCCGGAGCCAGUACAGGAGGACACCAGUGGAUCCGCAGCAUCACGAUGGCAUCAUCUCCAGGCGAUGCGAGAUCACUUUUGGCAAAGAUGGUCGGGAGAGUACAUCCAUGGACUCAUCUCACGACCUAAAUGGUUGAAGGUCGAUACCACACCUCACAUCGGAGCACUCUGCCUUGUGCGCUCCGAGAUUUCGCCUCCAAACCGAUGGCCUCUCGCCCGGAUCACAAAACUGCAUCCCGGCGACGACGGGAUCGUACGCGUGGUCACCGUUCGAACCGCGACCUCCGAGCUCGUGCGUCCGCUCGUAAAAAUCGUCUUACUUCCCGACUUCACAACGGACGUAACGACACGCAACGCAUAG